GACCUCUGAAGGUGUAGGAGCCGCUGGCAUAGUACAAACUCCAGACACAUCACAUAUUGGGCUGUACGACAUAGAUUAUGAUGAUCCACUUUGGAUGAAGACGCUCAACAUCACUGGUGAUGUAUGGUAUAAUUACAGUUGUCAGAGCUUUGAGGUCCCUUCAGGCUUCAUGAAGGACAUAAUAGAACCAACUAUCUGCUGUAUUGGAGUUGUCGGCAUCGUCAUCACUAUGGUGGUGCUCACAAGAAAGUACAUGAGUACGUCCUGCAACUGUUACCUGACCGCCCUAGCCGUUGGGGAUCUGCUCUUUCUUCUCAUGCUCUUCGCCAGGACUUUAGUGGACAAGCUUGCCGACUGCGUCUUUCACUUCAGUGAUGCUUAUUUAGUCUUCAAUGUGUACACAAUAAUUCUGCAAGACAUUUGCCUCUACCUAACCAUAGGUGUCACCGUCAUGUUAGCAGUGGAGAGGUACAUAGCUGUCUGCCACCCGAUGCGCACGAUUGGACUGUGUACUAUUACCCGGGCUAGAACCAUCAUUGUGGCGUUGUUUGUGGUUUCAUUUAUCCUGAGAUCACCCAAGUUUCUGGACAUCGAGGUCCAAUACAGGAAAACUGAGUCAACGGGUAGGGUCCUGACAAUCAGCUGGGCAUUUCCUUAUGAUGAGAAGCUUUAUACCUAUAUUGUAACAGUUGGCUUGUUAACAGUCCUACCGCUGCUGGCUCUUCUCAUUCUCAACAUAAGGAUCAUCCAGGAGCUGCGGCGGUCAGCACAGUACCUACAGUGCUACCUGGGAGCCGACAUGCGAGUGCGCUCUGUUGUCACCAGCGAGGAAGCCAAGAUCACCCUCAUGCUGGUCGGUGUUGUGCUGGCCUUCUUUGUGUGCCACGUGCCGUACAUGGUAUACAGCAUAAUCGUUGCCUUCAGAAACUACGACACACACAGCUAUGACGUCUUUACGAAAUCACAUGAGAUGAAGAACUUUCAGCACGUGUGCCACAGCUUCCUGGCCCUCCGAUCAUCCUGUAAUUUUGUCCUCUACUGCUGGUUCUCGGAGAAGUUUUGGGUCACGUUCAAACGCAUCUUUUGGAUGCCGAUCUGCAGGACCAAGCAGCUGUCAUUGCGGCCCACACGUUACAACUACAACAGCCAGCACAGUAGGGUCAGCAGCCACACAUACUUGCACAGGUCAUCGUUCAUUAACACCAGAGACACCACGUGUUAG